CUCCACCUCUGCCCCACGUGUCCAAAUGCAGGAUGGAAGGGCCCUGUAAAUGCCCGUGGCCCAGACUCCCCAGAGUCCCAGAGAGAGAGACAGAGAGAGAGAGGGAGGGAGACAGGGAGAGGGCUGCAAGCCUCCUGCCCCUGAGACAGCUGGGCCAGCCCACGAAAGGCUCCGCAGCAUGUGGGAGCUCCGGUCUAUAGCCUUCUCCAGGGCCGUGUUUGCAGAGUUCCUGGCGACGCUCCUCUUCGUCUUCUUUGGCUUGGGCUCAGCCCUCAACUGGCCGCAGGCCCUGCCCUCUGUGCUGCAGAUCGCCUUGGCCUUCGGCUUGGCUAUCGGCACCCUGGUGCAGGCUCUGGGUCACGUCAGCGGGGCCCACAUCAACCCCGCUGUGACUGUGGCCUGCCUGGUGGGCUGCCACGUCUCCUUUCUCCGAGCUGCCUUCUAUGUAGCUGCCCAGCUGCUGGGGGCCGUGGCAGGAGCUGCUUUGCUCCAUGAGAUCACACCGGUAGACAUCCGAGGGGACCUGGCUAUCAACGCACUUCACAACAAUGCGACCGCCGGCCAGGCCGUGACCGUGGAGCUCUUCCUGACCCUGCAGCUGGUGCUCUGCAUCUUUGCCUCCACAGACGAGCGCCGUGGAGACAACCUGGGCAGCCCUGCCCUAUCCAUCGGCCUCUCUGUGGCCCUGGGCCACCUCCUGGGGAUCUACUACACGGGCUGCUCCAUGAACCCUGCGCGCUCCCUGGCUCCCGCUAUUGUCACCGGCAAAUUUGAUGAUCACUGGGUCUUCUGGAUCGGACCCCUGGUCGGCGCCAUCUUGGGCUCCCUGCUCUACAACUUCGUGCUGUUCCCGUCCUCCAAGAGCCUGUCGGAGCGCCUGGCCGUGCUGAAAGGGCUGGAGCCCGACACCGACUGGGAGGAGCGCGAGGUGCGGCGGCGGCAGUCGGUGGAGCUGCACUCGCCGCAGAGCCUCCCCCGGGGCAGCAAGGCCUAGGCGCCCCCAGCCCAGCCCCGACGGCUCGGCCUCGGGCCCAAGGGAGCUGCGGCCCCGGCUCCAGGGACACCCGUCACCCCCUGCCGGCUUGACCAGAGGCAGCAGGGCCCACUCGGCCUUCCUCUCUCCGCGUGCGAAGUGGCCCCGUGCAGAGUAGCUGCUUCCAGGAUGUGCAGGCCCCGCCAGGGUUGCGGUGAGCCUGGCAGACCCUUGUCCAGAAGCUGCAGGCUGGAGAGCAGUCGACCCUCUGGCUCCUCGCAGGGAGCUGGGGACCUGGGGGCAGAGCUAGGGGAGGAGGGCGGAUGGGCGGCAGAGGAAGAUUCUGGAGAGCCUGUCCCCAGAAGUGGGUGGAGGUGGCGGGGGGAGUAUACAGACCGGCCUUGGGGGUCUGGGAACAGGUUUUACAAGUGUGCAAAUGUGUGUUCAUUCCCACAUGCCUCUCUGUCCCCAACCGCAGUGUUGUACAUGCUUCUGAGUGUGAACAGGUGUGCCUGUGGUGGUGCAAGUGUGCACUGGCUAGUGACCUCUCACUUUCCCUUUGACCCCUUCCCCACUGCAAUAAAUCCACUUCCUCUGCGGUGGAU